AAUAGUGAAAGUAAAAUGAUUAUCCAUCGAAUGUAUUGUAUUUCAUCAAAUAGGGGGUAGAAAGACUCUAUGGGAAAAUGGUGGUUCCGUUCGAUGUUGUCUAACGAGAAGUUAGAACAUAGGUGUGGGCUAAGUAAAUCUAGGUGUGGGCUAAGUAAAUCAAUGGAUAGUCUUGAUGGUAUUGGACAUACCAGUAGAAGUGAACAACCUAUUCUAAACGAUACGAAGAACGAUACGAAGAAAAAGAUUCCUAGUUGGAAUCAUAGUGGUAAUUAUAGUUUCACUAAUGUUGAUUCUUUAUUUGAAAUCAAGGAUAUUUGGAGUUUGAUCUCUGAUGACACUUUUUUAGUUAGGGAUAGUAAUGGUGACAGUUACUCUGUAUAUUUUGAUAUUGAAAAUCAGAUUUUUGAGGUUGACAAUGAUAGUUCUUUUCUGAGUGAACUAGAAAAAAAACUUUCUAGUUAUUUGAGUAGGGGGUCUAAGAAAAAGAAUCACUACUAUUAUCAUUACAUGUAUGAUACUCAAUCUGGUUGGAAUAAUCACAUUAAUAGUUGCAUUGAUAGUUAUCUUCGUUUUGAAGUCAGUAUUAAUAGUUCUAUUUCGGGUAGUACCAACAAUUACAGUGACAGUUACUUUUAUAACUUCAUUUGUACUGAAAAUAGAAAUAGUAGUGAGAGCGGUAGGUCUAGUAAAAGAACUAGAAAAAAUUUCAAUGAUUUCCAUGAAGAGGUGGAAUCCGAUUUCCAUGAAGAAGUAGAAUUCCACGAAGAAGUAGAAUCCGACUUCCAUGAAGAAGUAGAAUCCGAUUUCCAUGAAGAAGUAGAAUUCCACGAAGAAGUAGAAUCCAAUGAUUUCAAUGAAGAAGUAGAAUCUGAUUUCAAUGAAGAAGUGGAAUCCGAUUUCAAUGAAGAAGUGGAAUCCGAUUUCAAUGAAGAAGUGGAAUCCGAUUUCAAUGAAGAAGUGGAAUCCGAUUUCAAUGAAGAAGUAGAAUUCCAUGAAGAAGUAGAAUUCCAUGAAGAAGUAGAAUCCGACUUCCAUGAAGAAGUAGAAUCCAAUGAUUUCAAUAUAAAUCAAAAAUACAAACAUUUAUGGGUUCAAUGCGAAAAUUGUUAUGGAUUAAAUUAUAAAAAAUUUUUUAAGUCAAAAAUGAAUAUUUGUGAACAGUGUGGAUAUCAUUUGAAAAUGAGUAGUUCAGAUAGAAUUGAACUUUCGAUUGAUCCCGGAACUUGGGAUCCUCUGGAUAAAGAUAUGAUAUCUAUAGACCCCAUUGAUUUUCGUUCAAAAGAGGAACCUUAUGGAGAUCGUAUCGAUUCUUAUCAAAGAAGGACAGGUUUAGCUGAUGCUAUUCAAACAGGCAUAGGUCAAAUAAAUGGUAUUCCCGUAGCAAUUGGCGUUAUGGAUUUUCAGUUUAUGGGAGGUAGUAUGGGAUCCGUAGUAGGCGAGAAAAUUACUCGUUUGAUCGAGUAUGCUACUAAUCGAUCUCUACCUGUCAUUAUUGUGUGUGCUUCUGGAGGAGCACGCAUGCAAGAAGGAAGUUUGAGCUUGAUGCAAAUGGCUAAAAUAUCUUCUGCUUCAUCUAAUUAUCAAUCAGAUAAAAAGUUAUUCUAUGUAUCAAUUCUUACAUCUCCUACAACUGGUGGAGUAACAGCCAGUUUUGGUAUGUUGGGGGAUAUCAUUAUUGCUGAACCUAACGCCUACAUUGCAUUUGCGGGUAAAAGAGUAAUUGAACAAACAUUAAAAAAGGUAAUACCUGAAGGUUCACAAGUGUCUGAGUAUUUAUUCCAUAAAGGUUUAUUCGACCCAAUAGUACCACGUAAUCUUUUAAAAGGUGUUCUGGGUGAGUUAUUUCAGCUCCACGGUUUCUUUCCCUUGAAUCCAAGUUCAAAAAUGUAAAGUAUAGCACUAGAUUCAGUUAUUUUAUUUGUAGCGAACAAGUAUUUAAUUCGUCGUAAUCAGGUGUUUUCUUUGGUGACAUAAGUUCUCCUUGUAAUAAGAGACAGAGGUUUCGGAUAAUUUUUAUUUUAUAUUUUAUUAUA